GGAAAGCAUUGGUGGUCACGUGACACUAACAAAUUGGGCAACAUGGAGACGAGAAGGAGAGCGUAGUGACAAGAAGCCAAAUGUUGUAGCCAGGAAACACCGAGGUGUUGGUUUUCUCAGGAUUGUCGCUCGGUAUUCGGCUGUUUUCAGCUGAGCGUGUGAGGCAGGCCGACCUGUACGGAGGUUACUGCUUCUGUUCCCUCUGUCUGAUCGAGCUUUGAAGCAGCGAGAUGCCGGGGAAAAACAGCGACAUCUUCAAACCAGGAGACCUGGUGUUCGCCAAGAUGAAGGGCUUCCCUCACUGGCCUGCCAGGAUCUGUAAGUCAGACGACGGAUACAAGAAGCGAGUCCCAGUCUUCUUUUUCGGGACCCAUCAGAUAGGUCACCUCCCUCCAGAGAACAUCGUCCCUUACGUUGGUAACAAGAUGAAGUACGGCAGCGGCGUUCGCAUCAAAGGCUUCACCGAGGGCAUGUGGGAGAUCCAGAACACACCUGGAGUCGGGAGUAAAGUCAAAGUAUCAGCAAAGGCCAACACACUGACUCCACCUGCUAAACCCACUUCUGAACCUAAAACAACAAAUGACAAAGUUAAAAGUACCCCCACCACUUCAAGUCCCGGUAAAACGGAGCCUGUUAAGCCAGAUAGUAAACCAGCUGCUGGCAGAAGUCCUCCAAGCAAAGCUGCAAGUAAAACAGAAACUGCCGCUGCUGCUGCUAAAAUUCCUACGAGAGCUUCAUUAAGAUCUGCUGCUGAGAAAACAACAGAGUCCAAACAGACCUCCGAAAAGGCUUCGACUUCAAAAGAUGUCACGGCUGCAGACACUUCAGAGACCACAGCGACUACAAGAAGCAAAAAGGCUGAGUCAAAAGCAGCAAAAAGCACUGAUCCACCUGCAGGAGGGAGUAGAGGUAAAAAUGCUACGAGUAGCGCUUCUGCAGGGAGUGAAAAGGAGACAACGGCAAACAUGGCGAAAACAAAAACUCCCUCCAAAGCCUCUGUGAAGGAAAAUGCUCCUGACACAGAGCAGCAGACGCCUGCUGCAGACGCCACAGGCAGUAAAACCUCCACUGAAACAACCACAAGCAAAGUUACUGCUGAGAAGGAAACUCCAAGCAACAUCAAAGCCCCGAUGAAGGCAACAGACUCCAGACCAGCCUCCGAAAAAGCUGACACGGAUCCUGCAGAGGCUGCCGCCAGAAGUCCUGCCACUACCAGGAGAAAAACAGCAGGGUCCAAGGCCGUUGCUGAGCAGCACAAAAAGAGGACACCUGCUGUGACAACUCCAGCCAGUAAGAAACUGAAGACCGCAGAACCAGAGUCUGCUCCGACACAAACGUCCAAGAACAACAGAGGACAGAGAGACCAGAAGGCGGAGAAGGACGAAAAGGAGUCAUCGGAGAGUCAAGGAGUCAAGAGGAAGAGAGAAGAGAAGGAUGAAGAGGAGGCGCAAAAGAAAACAAAAGAGAAGACAACAGAGGAGAAAACGGAAGAGAAGAAGUCAUCAGCGAGCCAAGGAGCAAAAAGAAAGGAAGAGGAGAAAGUAGAGGAGAAGAAACAGAAGAAAACAAAGCAGGAUGACGGUGUAGAGGGAAAGAAAGACGUGAUGUCAAACGAGAAAACCGAAGACAAGAAGUCAGCAGAGACUCAAGGGAUGAAGACAAGGAGAGCUGAGAAGGAGGAGGAGAAGAGAACAAAACAGGAUGAGAACGAAGGAACGAAAGAGGAGAGGACAAGGAGAGAAACGAGGUCAGAGAGUGAGGGAACCAAGAGGACGAGAGAAAAGGAGGCACAGCAGAAAACAAAGCAGGAUGUUGCAGAAGGAAAGGAAGAAGAGACGACAAGAAGAGAGCAGGGCCAAGGAACAAAGAGGAAGAGACAGGAGAAGAAAGAGAAGGAGGUGCCAAAGAAAAUAAAGGUGUGGAUGAAGAUUGAAAGUGUGGAAGGGAAGAAGAAAAGGAAGAAGAAAAAGACAGAGCAGGAGAAGACUGGAGAAAAGUCAGAGAUAGGAGAGAUGAAGACAAAGGAUGCAGGAGAGGAGGGAGAAAUAGAGACGAUGACAGAAGAGGAGAAAGAUGGAAAAGCAACAGAGGAAAAGGAAGAAGAAAAGGAGAAAGAAGUCAGUUUUGCGGAUGAGGAGCGACAGCGCCGCCUGGCAGCCAAGAGGGAGAGUUUGUUGAAAUCUUUGAGAGGUCUGCUGAAGGCCGGGAGAGGAGGGAAGAGGAGGGAGACGACGAAGAGCACUCAGAAAGCCGGGAAUGGAGCAAAGAAGAAGAUCGAGGUCAAAAAGACACUAAGUCAGAAGCUGCGUGCGAAAGAAUCAACCGUCACCAAAGUGACGAGCAAGAAAUCGGAUGUCAAAGUCGUCAUCAGCAGGAAAAUCACUGGAAAGACAGUGAUACAGAAGAAGAAGCAGCAGGAAGACAAGAUGGUUAAAAAGACAACAGAGAUCACACAGACAGAAGAAGAAGUAGAAAAGGACGAGAUAAAGCCGUCCAGCCAAAAGAUUACAGCAGGAAAGAGAAAGAAGGUAAAGAAGGUUGGACAGAAGGCAAAGAGCGACAAAACCACGAGUCAAACAACGGAUGAAGUGGAGACAAAAGAAAAGGAAAUUGGGCAGAAGAACGAAGAAAAAAGGACGACUGAGGAAAAGAAAAACGAGGGAGUGAAAGAGAGAAAGGGAGAGGAUAAGAAGAGCGAUGAAACAAAGCAGCAGAAAGACGAAGAAAAGAAGGACGAGAGAAAAAUAAUUGGAAAGAUUGUGAAAGCGACGACCGGACAGGGAGCGAAGGUUCAGGUGAAGACGAUCAUGGGAGGAACGGCAGCAGCUGCAACAGUGGAGGAGGAAAAGAAGAAGAAAGAGGAAAAGACGAGCAGAGAGGAGAAGAUGGAUGGCAAAAAGGUAGAGGAGAAGAAAAAGUGCUUAGAAAAAGUGAAGGAGACAGAGAAAGAGAAGAAAUCUGAAGAUAAAAAGAUGGAUAAAAGCGCAGAGGUUGAGAGGAAGACUGACAGAAUGAUAGUGGUGACGGAGGACAAAAAGGACAAGAACAGAACAGAGGUAGAGAGUAAGAAGAAGGGCAAGGACGAAGAGGAGAAACGAAAGAAGAGCUGUGAAGGUGAGACAACACCAAAAAAGAACGAAGAAGAGCAGAAAGCGCAGAAAGUGACUUCGAAAUUGCAGCAGAAAAACGAAACCGAGGUGGGAAAAAUGACAACAAGAGAACAGAAGAAAAGAGAGGAAAGGAGUGAAAAACCUGACGAGUCGCAGGACAAGAAAGACGACAAAACUAUGGCAGAUCAAACAAAGAAAAUGGAAGAGACAAAUGCGCAGAAGAAGAGUGUGGAAGAGAAGAAAAAUGACCAAGUGAAAACAGAGAGAGCAGAGAAGUCGGCAGAGACACCAGAAGCCGAGUCAAAAACCGACAAAGAAGCAAAACUGGAGAAAACAAGUGCAGAAGAGGAAAGUAAACCAAAGCGUGAUUCGUCAAAUGGAGGGAAGGUGGAGCAGGUACAACCGGAGGAAAAGCAGCAGAAGAAGAGUUCAACCAUGACGCUGACGGACUCGACUCUGCACAGAAUCCAUGGAGACAUCAGGAUUUCUCUCAAGACUGACAACCCAGACAUCAGUAAGUGUCUGAUGGCUUUGGAUCAGCUCAGUAUGGUUUAUGUGACGUCUCAACACGUCCAGAGACACAGUGAGCUCGUUGCCACACUGAGAAAGAUGCGGAACUAUAGAGCGAACCAGGCCAUCAUGGACAAGGCCUCCAUGCUGUACAACCGCUUCAAAAACGCCUUCCUGGUGGGGGAAGGGGAGGAGGUGGUGAGCGCCACCUUCCUGCGCUCGCUGCUGGACGAGAAGGAGCGGGAGGAGGCUCAGAGGGUGGAGCUCUGCAGGGAGAGGCUGAGGAGGGAGGAGGUGCUGCAGGAGGUGAAGAGACGCAUGGGACAGGUGAAGGAGAGGAGGAGG